CCAGUCCCGUCCCCCCCUCGUCUCGGGAACCUAGUUGGUUGGUGCCGGCGCCCCUCGCCUGCUUCUGUCGUCAUCUGCGGGCCCAGCGAGACGAGCGCGCGGCAGGUUCCCCGCUGCCUCCUGUUGUUUUCCUCUCCUCUCCCCCCACUUUGCCCUUAAUUUCCUCCGUAUUGCAUGGUAGAGGCAGGGAGAACCGGGCAAUUUGCUUCAGACUCAGGAGAGUUUGAACCCAUUCCUAGCCCGUGCUUGCUCAGAAAAUCAGGUGCUGUAUUCACUUUUGGAAAAAGCAAAUUUGCUGAUAACGUGCCUAGCAAGUUUUGGUUUAAAAAUGACAAGCCUUUUCACAUAUCAUGUGGAGAUGAACAUACUUCUGUUGUAACAGAAAAUGGUAAACUUUACAUGUUUGGAAGCAACAACUGGGGACAACUAGGAUUUGGAACAAGGAAUACUGUCAACAAGCCAACUUGUGUGAAAGCUUUAAAACCAGAAAAAGUAAAACUAGCUGCUUGCGGGAGAAACCACACCUUGAUUUAUACAGAACAAGGAAAUGUAUAUGCUGCUGGAGGUAACAGUGAAGGGCAGUUGGGAUUAGGUGACACAGAGGAAAGAAGCACAUUUCAUCUAAUUAGUUUUUUUAGUAACCAGCACAAGAUCAAACAGCUGGCAGCUGGAUCCUACACGUCAGCAGCAUUAACUGAGGAUGGACAGCUUUUUAUGUGGGGGGACAAUUCCGAAGGACAAAUUGGUUUGGCUGACGAAGCUAAUGCAUAUGUUCCUCAUCAAGUGGAUGUUGGUAAACCCAUUUCCUGGAUCUCUUGUGGAUACUACCACUCCGCCUUAAUAACACGAGAUGGAGAACUUUAUACUUUUGGGGAGCCUGAGAAUGGAAAACUAGGUCUUUCAAAAGAGCAACUGAAAAACUACAAGGUGCCACAACUUGUUUCUGGAAUUUCUGGUAGGGCCAAUAAGGUUGCCUGUGGAGGAGGACACACAGUAGUGCUUGCAGAGGGGAAGGUCUACACAUUUGGCCUUGGCCAAUAUGGGCAGCUUGGACAUGGUACAUUCAUUUUUGAAAUUUCUGAACCAAAGAUAGUGGAUUAUUUGAGAAAGCAUAAAAUCUGUAACAUUGCCAGUGGGGAAAACCAUACAGCUGUAGUAACAGAGAAUGGCCUUAUGUAUACCUUUGGAGAUGGACGGCAUGGCAAAUUAGGACUUGGGGAAGAAAAUUACACCAAUCAAUUUUUUCCUACACUAUGUUCCAAUUUUUGGGGGUUUGCUAUACAGUUGGUUUCCUGUGGUGGUUGUCAUAUGCUAGUUUUUGCCACACCGAGGCCUAAAGAACUGGGUGAAACUCAUGUGACAGACCAAAAGGAACACCACUUGUCUGCUGUGGUCUCUGAAGUGGGUGGAGAUGCAUUAGUAAUAGACACCUUCCAUCGGACGUUAUCAGCACGCUUGCGGCGGAGAGCAAAGGACAAAUCACCGGAACAGGUUAAUCGGCUGGUACGAACACUUCCUCCAUUAGGAGAAGGUCCUUCAAAGCUUGCAUCCUGUGCCAUCAGCAACACUAUUCCCCUUGGUAUACUCAGAUCAAACCACCUUGACUCAGAGGCAGCUAAUGGAAGUCAAGGCACCCAAUCUGCUUUGGAUGGUGAAACAGGAGAUAAGAAAGAGGAGAGCAAUGAUGUAGAGAGCUCAGCAGAAGAUGAUUCAGAUGAAAAUGAGGGUAGAACCCUUGGGAACACCACAGAUGUCUUGAAUAUGACCCACGUGAUGAGAGUGAAUCCCGAUGACCAUUCCUUAGAGUUAGCACCAGUACAAAAACAGAAGGAUCAAAAAUCAUCUGAUGAGGAAGAGAGUGAUGGUGGUGAGAAUCAUGACAAUGAAGAAGAAGAAGAGGAAGAGGAGGAGGAGGAAGAAGAAGAAGAAGAGGAAGAGGAGGAGGAUGUUGAGGAAAUAGAGAAGGAAGAGGUUGAAGAACAAUAUACAGCAGAACACGAUAAUAAUCAAGCACCUGAAAAUGAGGAACAGAACAGCAAAUCAUUUGAGAGUGAGAAAAAGAACCAGACAGCUACAGAAACAAUAAAGGUUCAAAAAUCAUCCGAUGAGGAAGAGACUAAUCAUAAUGAAGAAGAAGAAGAAGAAGAAGAAGAAGAAGAAGAAGAAGAAGAAGAAGAAGAAGAAGAAGAAGAAGAAGAAGAAGAAGAAGAAGAAGAAGAAGAAGAAGAAGAAGAAGAAGAAGAAAUGGACAAGAAAAAGGGGCAAGAACCAGUUGCAGUGGAACAUAAUGAUGAUCCAUCACCUGAAAAUGAGGGACAGAGCAGUAAAUCAUGUGAGAUUGAGGAAACAAAUCAGAUGGCUACAGAAACUAUAAAGAAAGUAGAAGCAUGUACCGAAGAAGACCCAGCUAAGCAAGAGUAUGAAACUGCUGUGGCUUGCACCACAAACAAUUCUUCAGGAACAAUUGCAGACAGUGAUGAGGACAAGACAAAACUUCCGCAGAAGGCAAAAAGGUUUUCUUUUUUUAAACGGAAGACUUCAAAGCAAAAGAAUGCACACAGCUGUGAUGAAAACAAACUUGAAAAUCUUCCUCACAGUGAGCAGGAAACUGGCAAUCAAGGAGACUUACCUAAAGAGAAGAGUAAAGAUGAAAAUCAGAACCAUGCUGAAGAAAAUCAAAAGGAGGCACCACAUCAGGCCAAAAAGACGUCCUCUACCUGUGUAAUACUUUGAUACUUAAAUUUAUAAAGCUUGCAUAAAUGUGGCUUCAUAACUGGCAGCUUGCAAGCAGAUACUGCAAUUUAUACUUGAAAAUGAUAAUGGCAGAUAUAUAAUGAUCGUAUUGAUGGAUUUUUUUUGUAAAAUUAGCAUGUUUCAACUGAUUUACAUUGAUUUUGGACCAACUUCUUAGUAUUUAUUUGUAUUAAUAUUUUAGUUACUGCAGCAAAGAUGAGUAUCACAGUCUUACUGAAAUGUUGUGGCCUUAACUCUUGUGUUUUAAUAAAAAAUAUAUUUUUGUACUUCAAAGGUUGGGUUGAGGUAUUUUAUUGGUUUUUUUAAUAAACAAAUUUAUCAUUUGAAUCUUCAAGUAUAAAUUCACAUUGCAGUUGGUUCAGGAAGAUAGCCAGAAUAAUACUUGUUAAGCUACUUAUUCUUUGAGAUGAAGAUGUUAAAAACUGUAAAUAGUUUAGGACCAGGAUACUUGAAGAACUACUACCUGUUCCUAGAAGUUAUCAGGAGAUGCCCUGUUUUGUAUUAAUCAGGUAAAAGCACUGUGGUGCCCUGUCCUGGAAGAUUUCUUUGGUCUCUUCCCCAAUGCAAAUCGGUGUCAAGCUGAUUUUUUGUUUGUUUUAGUUGGAUGUUUGCUGAAUCCGCAGGAGGUUUGAAAGUCAAAUUCUUGGCUCUCCUUUUUCUCCUGGUGAUCUGAAUAGGAAUGAUAAUAUCUGCCAACUUGGUGUUAUUUUUAUUCAUGCUUUUGUUUUAUAUCUGUUUUAUCAUCGUUUAAGGUUUGUGAGCAGCCCUUAGUGCCUCAUACAAAGUGUCGCUUUAAAACUAAGUGUUUCCAAUUAAUAAGAAACAGGCAAUUUAGAGAACACUCUGCUCUACAGAAGCGAAUUCCAUUAUAUGUACUUAAAGCUUGGUUAAUUGGUAAUUAGGAUCAAGUGGACAAGUAAUGCUGAAAAAUGAGUUUUGAGGAAUGAUUUUAAGGCAGAUAGGUGUCACCGUUGAUGCAAUUGUCAACGCAUGUACUUCUCUGCAUUUUCUUUCCUGAAAACCCAGCAUUUUGCUCCUACAGUGGCUGACCAGAUAUGUCUGGGAAGCCCAUACGGAGGUCACUUUGCCUCACUUCCUCCCCACUGACUGGAACUGAGGCAACCUCUAUGUCCCUGUUGAGAAUACCAAACUGGCCUAAAACCUAGGCAGUGCUCUCCUCCAUCCCUGCAUCGGAGUAGGAAGAGUUGCUAAAGGCUCCGCUCCCCGUGAGUGGCGGCAGGAUACCGCUCUACUUGUGCCGGCCUAGGGGUAACUCUGAAAGAAGUCCCGCCACACACCAAAAGCUCGUUGGCGGCGGGCAUGUCUGGAAAGGCCUCGAGACUUUCAGAGGCAGGAGGGGAGCCUGCAGUCAUCCCUUUUGUCUGGCGCGUGAGACCACCGUGGUCUGGCUUACAAGUAGGACUGACGGAGGGAGGGAGAAAAACCCAAGGCGGGCGCGCCGAAAAGGCGGCCGCGAGCGUCGCCUUGAGCAAAGCAGGAGGCGACCGGGCGGGUUGGUGGUGUGCAAGUUGGUCCUUUCCAAGCUUCUGCUUCUCCCCCAUCAUACUGAUUCUGCAAACGGCCCGCAGAGGGACGUAGGGUGGAGGGAACAUACAUUUUGAAACCGCAGUGGAGGAAUUUUUU